CCAUCUUCUCUGCCCACAACGAGAAGACUCUCACACCAGACAUGGCUGACUAUUCUAACGUGCCUCCGCCAUCUGCAAACGCCGGUGGAGGAAUGAACGAUGCUUUUAAAGAUGCUCUCCAAAGGGCAAGACAAAUAGCAGCAAAAAUUGGCGGCGAUGGUGCCGUCGCCCCUACUCCCUCUGCAAAUGAUUUUGGAUACGGAGGCCAAAAGAGACCCUUGGAAGACGGGGAUCAACCAGAAACCAAGAAAGUAGCAAGUGACCCUUUUUCGUCUGUCAUGGGAGGAAUGGGUGGUCCUCCGAGUUUCGAGAUUCCCCAUGGCAGAUCAACAUCAGAAGAAUUCAAGGUCCCAGAUGGGAUGGUUGGAUUCAUCAUUGGGAGAGGAGGAGAGCAAAUAUCCAGAAUGCAACAGGAGUCAGGAUGUAAAAUACAGAUUGCUCCAGACAGUGGUGGAAUGCCUGAGCGAUCAGUCACAUUAACAGGAUCUCCAGACUCAAUUCAGACUGCCAAGCGGCUGUUAACGGAGAUUGUUGAGAAGGGCCGGCCCACACCAGCAUUCCACCAUAAUGACGGUCCAGGAAUGACGGUCCAGGAGAUCCUCGUCCCUGCAUCCAAAGCAGGCCUGGUCAUCGGCAAGGGUGGAGAAACUAUUAAACAGUUACAGGAACGUGCUGGAGUAAAAAUGGUAAUGAUUCAAGAUGGGCCACAGAACACGGGGGCAGACAAACCUCUCAGGAUUUCUGGAGAGCCAUUCAAAGUCCAGCAAGCCAAAGAGAUGGUGAUGGAGCUGAUUAGAGACCAAGGCUUCAGAGAUCAGCGAGGUGAAUAUGGCUCUAGGAUGGGUGGAGACAGCCUGGAUGUAAGUGAAGAAGUUCCAGUGCCUCGGUUUGCAGUGGGCAUUGUGAUUGGUAGAAACGGUGAGAUGAUCAAGAAGAUUCAGAACGACACAGGCGUGAGGAUUCAAUUCAAACCAGAUGACGGCAGCACUCCAGAGAGGAUAGCACAGAUCAUGGGGCCUCCUGACAGAGCACAGCAUGCAGCAGAAAUCAUCUCAGACUUGCUGAGGAGUGUGCAGGCUGGGGGCCCACCCGGCCAUGGUGGCAGAGGCAGAGGGCGGGGCCAGGGGAACUGGAACAUGGGCCCGCCUGGAGGACUGCAGGAGUUCACUUUCACCGUCCCUACCAUGAAGACUGGUCUCAUUAUCGGAAAAGGUGGUGAGACCAUAAAGAGCAUUAGCCAACAGUCUGGUGCCAGGAUAGAGCUUCAGAGAAACCCUCCACCUAAUGCAGACCCUAGCAUGAAGAUGUUCACUGUUCGUGGGUCCCCCCAGCAGAUCGACUAUGCCAGGCAGCUGGUAGAGGAGAAGAUUGGGGGUCCUGUUAAUCCUAUGGGAGGACCCCUUGGACCUCCUGGGCCCCAUGGAGGCCCAAACCCACAUGGUCCACCAGGUCCACCUGGGCCUCCAGCGCCUAUGGGCCCAUACAACCCUGGACCAUACAACCAAGGCCCACCUGGACCACACGGUCCACCAGCACCAUACCAGCCCCAGGGCUGGGGAAAUGGGUAUCCUCACUGGCAGCAGGGCCAGCCAGAUCCCAAUAAAGCAGCAGCAGAUGCGAAUGCGGCAGCUUGGGCAGCCUAUUACUCUCAGUACCAGCAACAACCACAGGCGCCCAUGACUCCUACUACUGCUGCCCCAGGAACCACUCAGACCAAUGGACAAGGUGACCCGCAGGCUCCAGGUCAGAGUGGACAGGCAGAUUACACCAAGGCCUGGGAGGAAUAUUACAAGAAAUUGGGUCAGCAGAACCAGCAGCAACAGGACUACACCAAGGCCUGGGAGGAGUACUAUAAAAAACAAGGUCAAGCCGCCCCUCAGGCGGCAGCGGCAGCAGCAGCUACCCAGCCUGGAGGCCAGCCAGACUACAGCGCCGCCUGGGCUGAAUAUUACCGCCAGCAGGCUGCCUACUAUGGACAGGGCAACCCCCAGGCCAUGGGCACCGCUCCCCAGGCCCAGCAGGGCCAGUAAUGUGAAGUGGACAUAAAGUAAAUGCUACCUUGAAAAAAUCCUUUGUUAAAUGUUUGGAUGCUGACGCCUUGAUGAAGAUCUUAUUGUCCUUGGUUUAAAAAUGUUUGAAGUAGAUUGCGAAAUGGCUCCGGAGUCAACAAUUUGUUUUAUUUUCUUCUCUUGUAAAUGAUGGGUUUGUUUUUAGUGGGGGUAAUUUUUCAUAUAGUCAUUCCAGCUCCUGUAUUUCAUAUAAGAUGUAGUUAGAGUUCAUGUCUAUAAACUAGUCAUUUCCAUGUAAAUCAUCUCAGUUUUAAAAUGAUAUGCCUGUUGUGUUUUGCAAUAAAACAAAAUGAAACCUCCUGUGUUGGUAAGUGGGGGGGUAAAAAUGAAAAUGUUGUAAAUGUUUUUUGCUGUGUUUUUAUUUUCUUUUUGUUUCUCUUUUACUGGGGUACACCGAAGGCAAGCAGUCUCAAAACCACUUCUCUCUUUGUCCAAAAUUUAAUCGAAUGAAAGAUUCGCUCUCCUGUCUUUUUGUCUCUCUCCAACUGUCUAUACAGAUCCUGGUUUCAAAAAACAAACAGACAAAAAAAAGAAAAAAAAAACGGUUUCAGUCCAUAGCGGUUUAGACUCGUGAGUGAGAUCAUUGAAAUAUUCCUGCUUGAUUUCACGGACAUAGCGCUGUGUUGUUUUUUUACUACCUUUUUUACUGGCCGUUGCUGUGGUCCAUAGGAAUAGACAGAGCUGUAUGUGAGAGAUGAUGGCUUGGUGUGGGCAAGGUAAUGUCACGUCUGCAAUAAUGACUCGGCCAUUUAGUGUUUCAUUGCUGUACUGUAUUUGACCUGGUUUGCUGACUUGAGGUAGUGUGCACUGUUUUAUAAUGAGAGAAACUUUUUCCCUCACAGGACAGUUUAGACAAGCGGUAAGCAAGUGUGUCUCUUUUGUUUCUUUCUGCAAAGUGUUCCUCCUUU